CCCCUCUCCUCCAGACUGCAUGCAGUUUGGUAUUAAAAUGUUUUCAGUACCACCAACCAUUGUGUUGUUACACAUAUGAGAUGACAGAUACACGCUGAGCUAUUUUAACGAGUUAUAACCUCAUAUUGAGAACCGGGAUUGACGGCACUCACGGUUAACGACGUUACAACUGUUAUUUUUGAGGUUGUGUCCAAAAAAAGUGCAGAGCUCCUGUGGGCAGAAGAAGCUAGCUAACGUUAGUCAGGUCGGACGGCGGUGAGGCCCCAACCGGACGGGAACACGGGGGAACCAUGGCCAACAUUGCAGUUCAGAGGAUAAAACGGGAAUUCAAGGAGGUCCUCAAAAGUGAAGAGACGAGCAAAAACCAGAUAAAAGUGGAUCUGGUGGAUGAGAACUUCACAGAACUUAAAGGGGAGAUAGCAGGGCCACCUGACACACCAUAUGAAGGCGGUAGAUAUCAACUAGAAAUUAAAAUUCCAGAGACAUAUCCAUUCAAUCCACCAAAGGUGCGGUUUAUCACGAAGAUCUGGCAUCCCAACAUCAGCUCAGUCACAGGUGCAAUAUGUCUGGACAUUCUCAAAGACCAGUGGGCAGCAGCUAUGACUCUGAGGACAGUCCUCUUGUCGCUACAAGCCUUAUUGGCAGCCGCAGAGCCAGAUGACCCACAGGAUGCAGUGGUAGCCAAUCAGUACAAGCAGAAUCCAGAGAUGUUCAAACAGACAGCGAGGCUCUGGUCUCAUGUCUAUGCAGGAGCUCCUGUCUCCAGUCCGGAGUAUACACGCAAAAUAGACAAACUCUGUGCCAUGGGCUUUGAAAAAAAUGCAGUAAUAGUGGCAUUGUCGUCGAAAUCCUGGGACGUGGAGACAGCGACAGAGCUACUGCUCAGUAACUGAAUCUUGACACCUUCCUCAUCUUCCUCUUGAUCCCUCUCUCCCCUCCUCACACAUACACACCCCAUCUCUCCUCCAAAUUCCAGCUGUCUGAAGGCGUCUCUCCCUCUGUCGCACCCUCCGUUUCACAGUGGACCUCCACACUCCCCCCUUCUUCUCCACCCCUCUCCCCCCUUUGUCUCUCUCUGUGUGGCAUCUCUCCUCCCUGCUCGUCACCUCUGCUGUACCACACUCCAAUCAGUCGCUCUGUGAGCUCUUAUCUCUGGUUCCUUUAAGUUCAUUCAACAUUCCACCCAGUGCUACAAUCAAAAGUCCAACUGCAUCUCACCCCCUUUGAAGCAAAUGCCAGACUUAAGACCCCCCCCCGCCCGCCAGUCUCCUGGCUUUUCUGGCUCUGUCCAAGAAGCGGCUGUCAGCGGCUUAUCCUUGCCUAUGCAGUGCAUUUACUUUAAUUUCUGAAAACCUUUGUAGAAAAGAGUCUAGCCAUUCACUGAGGCUCUUUUUGUACCUGCUCCUGAUUUUUUCCUCAUUUUGGUCCUGUUUUCUAAACAGGGGUUAAGCAGAGUCCUAGAUUUUUAAAUUGGUAUCUCACUCAUCCUUGCACAGUAGUCACUCAGUGUUUUGUACUCUAUAGUGGUAUAGGGUACUCUAAGAUGAGUUGUAGGACCCUUGCAAGUCAUUAUAUUGUACCAGCACAGGGAGGGGUACUGUAAACACUAUACAUUUUUCGUUGAAAAUGUGGGCAGUCAAAUAAAACUAUAGCGUGCACCAGGUAGCAAGUGUGGAGUUAUUCAGACACAGAAUAGGACGAGGCUUAUUCCCUUUUCUAGAAACCAACUCAUAAAGUGUCACUGAGGUGUAGCCAUACUCAUUUUCAUGCCACGUUUCUCCCCCUUUCAACUGUCUUACGACCCCAAAGCUCCAGCAGCAAAUCCCACUUCCCACCCACCCGACACACCUGCUCUCACAGCUUACUUCACAUGCCCCUUUCCCCACAUUUUUUUAAAAACUUUUAUUUGGUUUUGGCCUCCUACAGGAAUACAUUUGGAUUCUUGUUUUUAAACUGAGACAAAACGAAACAAACAAAAUGAAACAUGUUCAGCAGUAACACAACCUGUCACAAGUCUGGAUGGAAAUAGUUCCAAACGAGUUUGAAAAAUAUUGCAUCAUCUUAACUACGCCAACAGAUAAAUAUGUCAAAAUGAUUCAUCUGUAAAUAAAGAUAUUAAAGUCUGUGUAAAUUAA